AUGGGAGAGUACAAGAGAACGUCUUCAAAGGGCCUAGUUUCCCCAAGAGCUCCUAAGAGGCCGAGGUCGGGUACGGAAACAUUGGACGAUGCAUCAUCUGAUGAUGGGGGUCUCGAUGGCCUUAUGGGCCUAGCAUUUGAUGACGACCUCACAGCUGGCCUGGAGGCUGUUGUAGAGGAGUCACCGUGUGAGGAGGAUUUUAGUAAUUCAGUUGAAGACACAAUAGUACCCCAAGUUAUGUGGGUGUCCCCACCGUUGCUCGAUCGUUAUACCCUCUGUGUCGUGCAAGAUGGAGGAGCUGAGCUCACCGUGCCCAUGACUUGGUACCGUCAACGCGACUCUGGAGAUGCUUCAGUUUGUUCCAAAGAGCAGCAGUUAAGGGCUGUAACCUCAGCAGCAACAGCAGCGGCUAAGCGAUCAACUCACCCGAUGCCAGUAGCGAGCAGUGAGAAGGAGAAGUCGCAUCAAAUGAGGAGGGAGUGGGACAAGCAAGUGAAUAAGCUGGGCAAACAGCUGAUGAUCGCUAUGGGGUAUAGGGGACUUGAUAAAGACAAUCGUCUUAGUGAAUGGUGUGCUUGGCUCGGUGUUAAGCUAACCUACAUAGGCUUAUCGAAUAACAGCUAUUCCAAGCUGCCGGGAGUGGUCCCAACUGGUGCAGUAGGGGACAUUGAUCUGUGUGGUAAUGGUCUGGAAGACGACCACUUGCAUGUCCUGGCAUCCACAUUGAAGCCUUUCCAUAGGCUCAGGGUCAAGGCGUUGCAUCUGGAUGGGAAUAAGUUGACGGGCGGCCAGGUACUAGCCGUUAAGAAGGCCGGUGUUGACCAUGGUAUUUGUUUUAGAACUUGCUGCACUUUAUCACCAAUGCGAUCCGCGAUGUGCCGAGUCUACGGCGAGCAUUGUGAUGUCCAUCUUGAAUGCCUUGGCUCUCAGCAUCCUAUAGAGGAUAUCAAAUAUCAUGAGAAUGUCGCAAACCCUGUUAAUGAAGAAAUAGGGACUGUGAUUGACAUGACUCCAACUGAGGUCGCUGAUGUUGUUGAUUUGGAAGAUGACGAUUGA